AAAUAAAGACUUCAAUCCUACACACUGGCACUUGUAGCAUAUGCUUUCCCUCCCACGUAAGCAGGGGAUCCCCUAUGCGUCGCUAAUAGACGAGAGAGGGGGGGAUGGAGGAGGAACAGAAUGGAAUAUUCAGGCCCAUAUAUGCCUGCAUCACGGUCAGCGGACCCCUCACUCCGUCGAUCCGUCGUGCCGGAAACAAGAUUCUCUCUCUCUCUCUCUCUCUCUCUUUCUUGUCGUCUAUUCGUGACGAAGGCGUACUUCAAAUUGUCGGAAUUGCGUGAUUGAUCAGUGGAACGCGAACGUUCGCGCGUCGAUCGUCUCGCUGAGCGAAUCGUGAUUUGUGGAAAUUUACCAAUCUAUCUGUUGCAAGAGAUCGCGCUAAAAUGACAUCGAGUGUUCCUUGGACGAGGUGGAGGAUGUACCUGGCGCUCGUCCUGGUAUGUCAGACAGCGCGACGAAUCGAAGGUCAUCCUCGCGCUUUCACGACGACGUUGCAAGAAGACGACAGCAGAAGUUCCUCGACGUCAAUCUCGAAAUUAAUCGAGGGUGCAUAUGCGAGACAGGAAUUACUACGACCGGAACAAUGGUCGCAGCAGACUAACGAUCAUUUAGUGACCAGAUCAUUGGAGCGAGAUACCUCGAGACAGUCGGAGUAUCUGAACGACGGAAUCUCUACGUCUGGAGAGAGGAGAUUGUUGAAAGUGGCGAGCACAGACACAUCGACGCGUCCGGAUGCAGAUGAGAAAAUCAUUUUCCCAUCAGACGGCAGAAUCUCAUCGAUACCGACAUUGGCGCCGGCAUCGGCCUGCCACAAGAGUAUAUUCUGCGAGAAUGUCCCCGAUUACCCCAGGCAACUGGUGAACGCAGCGAUAUCGCGAAACGCCAGUCUCAGGUUCCUGGAAAGCAUCGAUCCGAUGCCCGACAUCGAACAAAGAAUAGAUACGACAGACGAAGUGCCGCUUUGCCGGUAUAGUGAACAAGUGGUAUAUCCGCAGACCGCGCAAAACAAGGAAAAACAGUGGCUGUUCAUCGUAAAUCAAGAUAACUUGAAGCAGGGAAUACGCAUCGAGGUUUGCUUGAACGAUGGUCAGGAGUGCAACAUGAUUCAGGGAUUCGCUGAGGGUUACAAGACCAGCUGUAAGCAGAAGUACAUUUACCGAGAAUUGGCGGCAGUGAGGAGCAACGGUAACAUCAUCAAGGAUCAAUUCCGCUUUCCGUCGAGCUGUUGCUGUCACGUCAAAUUCAUCGGCGAUCCCACCGUCAGGAUAGGGCUGGGAUUAGAUCAGCGUUCCUUCAAUCAAACCACUGCGACCGUACCGAAAACGCGAUGGAGGCAAUGAAGUGUAGUAGUCUGGGAGGAAGAAAUCAUGAAGUGAUGCUUGUUGAAGUGUAUUUUAUUGCGAUGUUUUUUUUCUUUUUUUUUUACUAAUAAAAAAAUCAUGUAUUUUGAAAUAUGUAUCGAAGAUCAUGUUUCUGACAAAGUGACGACACAUCGAAAGAAUCGUUGCAUUACCCAAGACUUCCACCAGCUUUUGAGAAUCGGUGAUGUUAAUUAACAGAGGCAGAAGUAUCUAUUCUACAAAUCUCUAUUCUACAAGAGAUGCAAUUUUUAUAUAAAUAUCGUAAAUGCUCUUCUAUAUUCUUAAACGCGAACAUUAUUCGAUAAUAAGAUAAGAAAUGUGAAAUGCAGAAUUAUAUUCAUGUGUGUGUGAUAUUUUGUGAUAUGAUUACUUAUACAUUAGUACACAAAAUAAUGUCGUAUUUUAUAAAUCUUACGAGUAAUCUUACAAAUAAAAACGAUCUCUAUA